UGUGGGAGGGUGUACGCGCUCCAGUCUGGCCGAUCAUGACUGAACCUGAGCCUAGCUGGCAACUAACCCGCUUGCCCCUCAUUGUUGUGGUGAAGCUUCCACAUCAAGGCGAAGCGUAAAGAUCUGUGACGAAGUGUAUGAUAGGUAUAGAUGUGGAUACCCUCUAUCAAUGCUGUGAGUUCCUUGUGUCGAGGUGACGGAUAGGUUUGAGGGUGUGCUUGUGUGGCGCGGCGGGUGUGGAGUUCCUAGGACCAAGACUACUGUGGUGGAUCUUUGCCGAGAUUUCUCUCCACGCACGUGUCAAGAGCCAGCUAACACUAUCCCUGUGACACGGUCAUCGACAUCCUCUACAAUCGAGACAACGCUUCUACACCAUCAGAAUCACAAGCCACGGGAUCUUCUGACCAAACUGUUCCGAGCCACGAGCUGUGAUGCUGUGAUGCUGUGGUGGAGUACAGACUCAGGUAUAGAAACGCUGCAACCACCACCACCACUACCAGUAAGACCAGAUACAGCAGCCUCCAUCCUCAGUCCCUCUCUCUUUAACCACAUCCGUCAAGAAGACAACCUAGGCAACCUAUCGACACCUGGAGGGAAAGCUACUCAUGCGUGACAAUGAAAGACAGCUUAAAAAGAAGGCAAGAGCAGCGUCACCCUUUCCUCUGGCACGGUAGAGGAAGGAAAGGUAACUGCAGUGUUGUUAGCGAUGCAAAGUGUUCGCCCGUGAGACUGUCUAAAUUCUUGAAAGUGGGAUGAUAUUUGGGGUGUGAAGGAAUUGUGAUUUAUUGAAAAGGGAAGGAUUAAGGAUUCGAUUUUGUCGUCUUCAGGCUGCAAAAUCGACGAGUACAGAAGUCUGGUUAUAAAGUGUGUGGUGCAUGUGAAAGAAAACUGAAGAAAUAUUUGGCAGUAAAGAAUGAAGAGAGGAUAGGAAGGAAAGUUAAAAGAGAAGGUAGAAAUAAAAAAGAGAAAACAAGAAUUACUACUCCCACUACUACUGUUCAUACUAUUACAACAACACCAAACGAAUAUUACAGCUCAGUAACUUAACAAUAGACAGAAGAAAGAGAAACAUAUUUUUCUUCCCAUUGUGUUGAGUUUUGUUUGUUCAUUGACUGGUUUGGUUACUGUUCCCGUUCAGUGUUAAGAAAAGAUAAUAAACUAGCAAAUGAGAAUAUUUGGUGAAAAAAAGAAGUGUAUAUCUGAUAUAAUGAAAAAUGUUGAAACUAAUAAAAAAAAAACUAUACCCGCAACCAUAAGACUGAUUAACGUUUCUUACUUGACGAGUGAAUAUAUGAUUUAAAUGAGUACCGACAUCUUCAAAUGUGCAAAAAACAACGUAAGGACAGACUCAGGAGUACCGUGAUACGUGUUUGUUGUACAAAUACCAACAAGUUAAUCAUGGAAAGACUUUACUUGGGCGCUUUUCUGCAAUUCAAAACAAGAGUACGAAAGGAAAAAAGAUAAUCAUUGAAGUAUGCCCGCCACUUAUGCUACCGUGAGGGUGAUGGUGAUGCUGGCGGCGGCGGCGACGAUGGGGGUGGCAGGGGAGGGCGAGUGGCUACUGAAGGCCUCGCCCUAUGCUAGAAUACGCUCUACGCCUCCUUCCAGAGUUCUCACGUCACCCGCGGUAUACAGGGACGCCUUACAAGAGUCACCGGAGCGAGGCAUGAAGGCACUAUCGCCGCGAAUAAGGCCCCGCAAGGCGUACCCUUCAGAGGAGGAAGUGUUGACGCAGUCAUCUGAGGAGGAGAAUGCUAAACAGCUCUCCUCAUCCGAAGAAGAGGCAUUAGCAUCCCUGCCGCCUCGCUCAUCAUCUGAGGAAGCACCACUACCCCUGCCACUGCCCCCUGACCAGAAGCAGCCCAUGGAGUCACGGUCAUCAAUACUGCUGCAGACACCACCAGUUAAGGAAACCACUACUACUACCACUCCUGCCACUACAAAGGCGCCGCGGAAGAAGAUAGUGUCCAUCACGAGACAUUACCAGGGCGACAUUUAUUCCCUACAAGGUGGGCGAGGCUGCGGGUGUGUCGAGGGGGGCGUGGUGGGACCGGAGGAGGGGUGCCAAUGUCAGUGUCCAGCGGCCGCCCCCACCUUCAGGGACGACACCUCCACCUGCGUCUCCGUCCUUCAUGAGUGCAUCCUGGCAGACUUCGUGAGUACCUCAGGCUCUGAAAAGAUCCCGUAUGUGUACCUGCCACUCAAGCACCAGCUGGUUCACCCCACGGCAGAGGUGGCCCUCAGAGGACUGGAGCACGCAGGAGUCCCAAUCAUGUCGCCCGUGUGUGUGGUGACAGGCGCCAGUGUCCUCACGCAACGAGGAUGGAGGAACAUGGCUAAUACCUCCACCUUCGAGCCGCCAUUCAGAUUAUUCCGUGACGUGGGGCGGACCUUCGUGCAGUGGGUGGGGGAGGCAGAGGCUCGGCGGGCCGCGGAGGGACGCCUGGUGUUGGUCACACUUAUUUGUCGUGACGCCGCCCAACCAACCACGCCUGUCUUCCGUCCCUGCCUCUCUUUCAGGGUUGCCGGCAGCCCUGGGUCCGCGGGGGCGGCGCUCUCGGCUACCGUUCCCGCGCCGGGAGAUGAAGUUUGGGAGGCUCUGUCAUGGGGAGAUGGCGUCAUCAUCGGCCUGGUGGUCGCGUGCCUCACCAUCAUCUAUAUCGUCGGAAUGUCUGUCUUCAUUCAGUUCAAGCGGAAAAAGAAGAGAGAGAACAUAGAUCGCGAAGAAGAGGAGGGAGGGUACAGAGGCAACCGCAAAGGAGGCAGGGAUAGGAUCAAGCCUCAUCAUGCACUCCCGAAACCUUCCCUCUUGAUAACUGCUGAUGAUAAUGACGACAUUGAGGAUCUCUCGCUGGCCUCCAGGAAUCGCAGAGCCAAUAGAGAAAGGAACCGAGUCACGUUCACUUCAGCAAUGGUGCACAGUAACGGUGGGAUGGCGGGGCCCAUGGCUGGCAUAGAACCUGCUGAUGGCCUGGAAAGAGUGCCUCGCUCUCCUCUGGCUGUGGUGACUCUGGCAGGUGAAGCGGACAACAGCGGUAUGAGCAGAAAUCUCCCCACUGGUGGGAUGAUGACCUCCCCAGAGAACCACGAGGCACAGGCGCGGAGGAAGCUCUAUUUCAAUCCCGCCUACUUCGAGCCGGAGUUACUGCAGACUCCGCCUCCUGCCGCCCUGGAAUUCCUCGCUAGAAUCCGUGAAAUGAUCACAGUUGCUAAGACUAAAAUGAAGACGAAGAUUUAUCAUCCGAGUCUCGGAGACAUUCCUGAAGAAGACUCAGACUGCCAGUCUCGUAUUGUAAGUCGCACGGUCAGCGGAACCACAUUGCAGACAGAAGACUCGCAGGACUCUCAGGAGGAAACCGCCAACGUUAGUGACGCAACCAGCAUCCAGAGCGAUUCCCUGGAGAGACGGCAGAAGGAAAGCGACAGCCGUAACUCCACUCUCAAGCGGCUGGCGCAGCGAGUCAAUAGUCACGGGGAAAGCUUUGUCAGUGAGAUUAUCAAGACGCUUGACCUCAAACCUCGUCUUCCUCCUUCAGAUGCUUCUUAUGCGUCACAUUCUGUUACCAGAGUCUCUGCUGCACCGAAAACCGCACCCCCUCCUGUACCCGUUAACGCCCGUAACUUGUCUCCGGAGGUUGAGGAUGACUUCCCGGAGCUGAUAAAGCCGUCCAUGCUACGCAACGUACUCAGAGAUGGAAAAAGACUGACUGAUCUUAACAACACUUUCGAGAAUUUCCGUCAGGAAAUGGUGGCGACCUUCCAGAAGAUGAAGAAAGUAGGAGAGGCUAUAUCACCUAAAUCCACUCUAAAUAGGAACAAAAAGAAAUCCAAAUCAUCCCCAAAGGGCACGCUGGAGCGGCUGGAAAACGAUAAGGAUGCGUCUGCGUCAGGUUCUGGUGAGGGCAAGGUACAAAAGUGGCUCCAGACACUGGACGCUAAGAACUCUUACACGAGGAUGACAGAGCAGCCUAAUAGCAUCCCGGAUUCUCAAGUGCCGACCCCAGAGAAUCCUGACCAACCACCACCGCUGCCUCAAAAAAAUAGUAAGCCGCCCACUCCUCCUCGAAAGCAUCGCACACCCGCUUUUCGUAGUCUGUCUCUCAGCGAGGAUAGGAAGACUCAUGAUGAGUUUACUAGUCAUGAUAAACCGUCAGAGGGUAAGCCGCCAGUAACUCGGUCGUUGUCGUGGCAGAAUGAACACAGCCACUACGGUUCCAACCCUCGCAGACGGCGACCUGAAAUUCCCCAGGCUCCGAACGAUAACCUCAGUGAGCAUUUUUGCCCUGAGGAUGACUCACUGAACGAUCUGGUGAGUGAAGCGGAAUCAAAGGUACCGAAGAUGAUUCCAAGUGACAGUGAGAGCGUUUAUUCAGACACAAAGUCCAGAACCAAUGAUUCCCUCCAACGCAGGACGGAAGAGGGUGAGGGACAGUCUAAAGGCCAAUUUGGUCACCUUCCACGGGAGGAGGCAAUGACGGCGAGGAACGAAAUCUAUAACAAAUGGACAGGAGCGAAGACCAUGUCACGUCUAUCCAGAAAUGUGAACGAGUCUUACGCCAAGGUUGUGGAUCGUCUGGACGAGAACGAGCACGACGAGCACACUUACGAGGAGAUUCACAUUCCCACUGGGAACAAACAAAAAGUGAAAAGAAAAGCACCUGGAACACCCAACACCAGCCAGAUUAGUAGUGAAAGACCCACAGCGUCUAGGAAACAUCACAGUGAAGGAGGACAAACAAAGUCACAACGAAAUUACGUAGGAACAAGUAAUAAGGAGGACAGAUAUCAUGACAACCAGUAUAUGCACAGUAAAUCAAAGUCAAUGGUGAGUGAGGUGACAAUUGAUAAAUGUGACAGCCCCAUUUACUCCGGAUGCCGGGUGACGAUCCCUGUGGUAGACAACGUGGAGUCAGAAACAUUCCAUCGCACAGCAGGAUUUGAUCAAGACACCUUGGAGAAACGCGGCAAGAAGGUGGAGCGCAGCGGCAGCAUUACCUUGGAUUCCCUCGAGAGGCCGAAACCUAAAAAGAAUAAUAAUAACAACAAUGAAGAGCAUCAAGGGUCCCUGAGAAGUAAGCGAAGGAUGACAUUACCUGGUGACAUGCCAAGGAAAGGAGAUAAAUCCCUCUUGGACAUUUACGAGUCCCGAAGCAGUGUGAGGAGCACCAAGGCCACGGGUAAGGCCAUGUCAGAGAAGACCUAUCCCCCAAUGAAGUUCACAAAUGUUCCAGCUCCAGUACAGUUUGGUUCCUUUUACCUCAGUAAUAUUAGCAACGCAAAUGAUACAAAUAUGAAUAUGAUCAACAACAACAAUAACAACAACAAUAACAAUAGCAAUACAACACCCACUCCGAAAAAAUACCGAACCUUCAGAGAUUAUCAGGACUUGAAGUUCCUGCGGCAAUCCUCGGAGACUGACGGCAGUAGCAGCGGUAGCACCAGCAGCAGUCCGCUCCCCGUCACGGGCACCAGCAUCUGCGUUAACUUCCAUGACUCCAACUCCAACUCCAGCUCCAAGGAAGAGGACGAGAUCAAACCUCCUUUGCCACCAAAGCAGACUCGGAACCACGAUUUCGUCUCAAAAGCCUCCUCCGUCCCAUUGCCCCCGAAAAGUCAUGCAGCUCCCCCACCCCUCCCGCUAAAAAGUAGCAAGAAAUAUGAUGCAGUAGAAAAUGAGAUGUCUCCUCCAAAGCUGCCGGAAAAAUCUUACCGGAAAAGCUUCCAGGAAACGUCCUCCUCGCUUUCCUCGAGCAGCGGGUCCAUCCCAGAGCUGACUGAGGAGGAGGCACGGGCAAUCCUUCACGGCCUCCUGGCACACCCCUCACAUGAAGGCCACAGACUGUCCACACUGCACGAGGAAGAAGUGGGAGGGCCUUUUUUAGGGGAGGGGAACACUGCCGAUGACAGCAACUCUCAGGGCAGUGUUCCCUUCCUUGACGCAUUCUCCUCAGGAUCUCUUGAAACUCCGCCAUCAACACCCACUUCCGCCUCAGCUGCUUCCUACUACAAUACGCCACAGCCUCAGGAACAACAUAUUAGUCUGGAUAGCGGUCCGUGUCCGGAAGACACCAUGGAAGAGCCCCAAUCCCCGGGAAGUGAGGCGAGAGUGAGUGGAGAAUUUAUUCUCUCCACUAUAGGCCGUUCACCGACACUUAGACGCCACUCUUCCCUCAGUAAAGAGCAGAUGAAUGGUUUCUCAACGAGACACAGAGGCACCGCUGACGGUGAGUGUCACGAAGAGGGCGAGCCUGAAGGAGCUGAGUUUUCUCUUGCCUUAAAAGCUAAGUCAGAUCUUGAAAAGCAUUUCAAGGAUAAGAGUGGAGGCGAAAGUAUUAAGAGAACUUGGAGAAAGAUUCUAGAAAAAGUAGAUGAGCCGCAGGAAGGUCAAGAGCAUCUUUCUGAGGCGCAGGUCCAACGGGUUAUAGUAGACAUGGGACCCAAGAUCAAGCAGGACGAUUCAGGUUACCACAGCACCGACUCAAGCGAGUCUGCUAACAGUAGGAAUCGUAGCCAGAAUUCUUCCUUGUCUUCCACCUCAGUUCCAAUGUCCACUCUCAGUAGCAACAACAAGCUGAGCACCAAGAAAACGUCUUCCCAAAGCCUCACUCGCUCCGGUCUUCCCAGGCGGUCCUCCUCCCUUAACAGGAUGGCUUCUUACUCUACCCUCGACUCCUUUCCAGUCUCUUCCAGUUUCCAGAGGAAUAGUUUUAGAGCGUCCCUAAGCCGCAGUUUUCCUGGGGUUCUGGGAAAUCCAGGUGGCGCCUCACUGUACAUAAACAAUAAGUUUAUUCAAGAAGAUGACGAUGACGACGACUCUUUCCCAGCUCGGAUAUACUGAAAUGCAUCAGAUUACUGGUGAAAACAAAAUACAGGAAAAAAAGCCAGAUGUGGCAUGAGAGGGCACGAUUGUCAUGAUGGAUUCUGGUCCUCUUUGCCAUAUUAGACCAGUCUCAUGUGUGAUAGUGUGUGAGUGUGUGUGUGUGUGUGUGUGUGUGUGUGUGUGUGUGUGUAAUGUCGACAUAUGUUGUGUCCAAUCAUUAUCCAGUAUUAUGUAUGUAAUUUAUUCAAAGGGAAUUUACGUUAGAAAAUAGAUACUCAAUUGUUUACGUUGCUUCUGAACGACACGAUGCAAACACUGAAACCAUUGUAUGAUUUAGGGCUCAUUUUCAUCUCAUUCCACUGAAGGAUUGUCAUUCUCUAUUUUCAUUUAAGGAAACACACACACACACACACACACACACACACACACACACACACACACACACACACACACACACACACACUGUCCUAGACAUAAUAGCAAGAGCAUUUAUUAUAAAGUCAGACUAUAUUUCGAAAAGGGGAAAAAACACACAAAAUCAGUUAAUCAGUAUAAGAGAGAUGAGCACACGUAAAUAUGUAUGCAUAUUAACCCCUACUACCUGUAUGAUAUCCCAUUGUAUAUACUGUAGCUACGAUAAUACAGCUAAAUAACCACUUAA